AUGUCUAGCUCUCUUGCAAGCAACCAGCCGGCAGGUUCCAAGAACCAUGUGGAACAUGUCGCAAUCGUGGGUGUGGGUGGAAGAUCAGGCGGUGCCAUUGCCAAAGCCUUGAUCCAAGCCGGAAAACAUAAGGUGACGGCGAUUACUCGACCGGAUAGUAUCAACACCAUGCCAACUGGACUACACGACGUAAAAAAGGUUGAUUAUAACAGCCAUACAUCGCUCGUUGAGGGGUUCAAAGGACAAGAUGUCCUGAUCAUGACCAUGCCUGUCAUGUCACCGAAGGAAACGCACAAGAAGCUCAUCGAUGCCGCCGUCGAGGCGGGUGUCAGCUGGAUCAUGCCAAAUGAAUGGGGUGUUGACGUGGCAAAGGUCGAAAUGGGUACCGAUGUCCUCGUGCGUGACGGCAUUAUCUCUAUCAGGGAGUAUAUUGAGCAAGUCGGUGGUGACAAGACGUCAUGGAUGGGUCUCUGCACCAGUUUCUGGUACGAAUUCAGCUUGGCCGGGACCGAGGCUAGAUAUGGUUUCGAUUUCGACAAGAAGGAGCUUACUUUGUACGAUGACGGGACGACCAAGAUCAACACAUCGACUUGGCCACAGGUUGGAAGAGCCGUUGCGAACCUUCUCGCGCUGAAGGUCCACCCUGAAGGCGAGGGAGACACAACCCCCAGCUUGGCCCAAUUCAAAAACAAGCCGGUGUAUGUUUCGUCUUUCUUUGUCAGUCAACGAGACAUGUUUGAAUCUGUCUUGCGCGUGACAGGUGAUGAUGAGAAAGACUGGAAGAUUACCCAUGAAGAUGUUGUGGAACGAUUCAAGCGUGGUCAAGAACUUCUGAAGCAGGGCCAAAUGGUCGGUUUCGGGAUCCUUUUGUAUGCUCGGUUGUUCUUCAAGGAUGGAGCAGGCGAAACGAACAAAUUACUCGCAAACGACAUACUUGGGCUCCCGAAGGAAGAUUUUGAUGCGGCCACGAAAGUUGCUGUUAAGAUGGCACGAGCUGGUGAGACCAAUGCCAUUCAUUGA